AGCAGCAAAAAAAAAUCAGGGGGUAUAUAGCCUUUUUUCUAACUUUCUCUUAGCUUUUAUUUUCUAAGAACGGAAGGAAAAGACAAAAACCACCUGUAUAAAUAUGUAUUUUUCUGUGGGUUCUUGUCCAGCUGCGUUUUUUCCUUGUAAUCUCAUAAACAUUUGCAUUGAUUUGAAGGGUUUUUUACUGGAAGGUGCAAUAAUUUUAGACUGUUUUUUUUCCCGCUGACGAUGUUGCGGCUAGCCUAUAGUUUCCGAAAGUAUUGCAUAUUCUUUCACCACGACCAUUUAACGUUUCGAGAUAGUAAUUUUUAUUAUACUAUUACGAUAACAAUUAGCGAGAUAUCCACACCAAUAGCCAAAUAACACGUCAUUCUACGUUAACGAUCAAUUUAAAUGCAACAUUUCAAUUCCAACAUUUCACUAGCAUGAGGAUUUUAAGAAAGAAAAGUGUGCCCAGCAACAGAAUAAAAAUGAAUCAAAACACUAAUUUCGUAACGGUCAUGAUGUUUUUGACAUUCAUCUCAGUGUUCUAUCUUGUUGUAACGUUUAAACCUUUGACGAAAGAGGAACAUAUUGAAAAAAUAAAUAAAAUGGACAGUGAAGUGGAACCAUUUAGAAGAAACAUAUCGGAAUGCGCCCGUCAAGUUAAAGCGGGAAAGGGCGACGUUGAAAAUUUCUUAAAAAGAAUACCACAAGCAACAAUGGAAGGCAAAUGUUUUGUAGCGUGUAUUCUGAAACGUAAUUCUAUUAUAAAAAAGAAUAAAAUAGACCACAAUUCUCUUUUAGAAGCUAAUAAAGCUGUUUAUGGUGAAGAUAGAGAGGUUAUGACAAGAUUAAAAGCGGCGAUAGUUGAAUGUAAUAGAGCGGUAGAAGGUAUUUUCGAGAUCUGUGAAUAUGCGUCAGUUUUUAAUGAUUGUAUGCAUAUUAAGAUGGAACAUAUAUUAGACAAACUAACUAUGGAGAGAAGAAUGGAAGCGUUGGGACAAAUGAGCAAUAGCCCGGAUGAAUGGACUGACGAGGAAGAUGAAAUGUUAAAAUUGGUGAAAGACGAACUUUAGUGUUGCUGAUUGAAAAUUAUAAUUAAAAUGAUAUACAAUACUAAAGAAUAAAAGAAAAAUCG